GAGGGCACAGGAGUGGGAAUGUGGCAAGGAGGGAACCAGGAAGCAGUUAUCGAGGGGACAGGUGGAGAAUUGGGACCCGGGAGCUGGGGUCUGGAAGAUGCAGGAGGCCUCUUGGCCAGGGCCUCUUUGCCCAUUAUGUUUCCAUGGCCACUGCCCUUAGGCUCCUCAGCUCUCACUGUGCUCCUUGGAGCUCUCACUUCUCUGUUCCUUUGGUACUGCUACCGCCUGGGCUCCCAAGACAUGCAGGCCCUGGGGGUUGGAAGCCGAGCUGGGGGUGUUAGUGGUAUGCCUGAUGUAUGCUCUCAGACUGGCCCAAGGGGCUCUGGGGAUCCUGGAGAAGGACCCAGGGCAGAAGGUAUAGUGAGCCGGCGGCUUCGGGCCUAUGCCAGGCGGUACUCCUGGGCUGGGAUGGGCAGAGUGAGGCGGGCAGCCCAGGGAGGCUCUGGCCUCGCAGGAGGGGCAGGGGUCCUAGGCAUUCAGCGCCCAGGCCUACUUUUCCUACCAGACCUGCCUUCAGCCCCCUUUGUGCCACGUGACGCCCAGAGACAUGACGUGGAGCUCCUACAGAGCAGCUUCCCCGCCAUUUUAAGAGACUUCUGGGCCGUAAGCUGGGACUUCUCAGGGACUACCCCUCUGCCUCGGGGCUGGUCCCCACCCCUGGCCCCUGGGUGCUACCAGCUCCUGCUAUACCAAGCAGGCCGGUGCCAACCAAGCAACUGCAGGCGGUGCCCAGGAGCCUACCGAGCACUGAGGGGGCUGCGGAGCUUCAUGAGUGCCAACACCUUCGGCAAUGCUGGCUUUUCUGUUCUGCUGCCUGGGGCGCGGCUGGAGGGCCGCUGUGGACCCACCAAUGCUCGGGUUAGAUGCCAUCUGGGCCUGAAGAUCCCCCCUGGCUGCGAGCUGGUUGUUGGCGGGGAGCCCCAGUGCUGGGCUGAAGGGCACUGCCUCCUGGUGGACGACUCCUUCCUGCACACAGUGGCUCAUAAUGGAUCCCCUGAAGAUGGGCCUCGAGUGGUCUUCAUUGUGGACCUCUGGCACCCCAACGUGGCUGGGGCUGAACGCCAAGCUCUUGACUUUGUCUUCGCACCAGACCCUUGAAAGAAGUUGCUCCCUUCUGGCACCUGAGCUGGAGUGAUGCUGCACUCAAGGACAGCUUGAGUGGUGGGCAGGACUCCUGUCCACUGUGAGGGGCAGGAGGGUGUGACUUGCUCAGCCAGCACUGAAAUACAAAUUCUGAAUCCUCUCCUAAGUCCUGACUCCUUCCUUCCCAGUUACCACUCCCAGGCUAGGGUUUAGGGCUGGGGCUCAUGCUUCUAUCCCAAUUACAGCCAGGUAUCCCCUUA